UCGCCAGGCUUGCGUAAGCGGGCCGGGCUGGGUUGGAGGCGCUGGCGCUGCCACGUCUUGGCCGCUGCUCACGCAGCAGCGGCCGCGGCGGCAACCGUGGCGCGGGAGGAGGUGGGACUGCUUGAAGCCGGAUCCGGAUCUCGUACUGUGUACUCAGAUAUUUCGCCUGUUAUCUGCAUAUCUGGAAAACAACAUCGCUACCCAUCUUUCAGAGAAUAAACCCAAAAGCCUCAGGGGCCCCAUGAUCAGGGACUGACACCAUUACAAUACCUUAACUGCAAAGAUGAAACCUGAUGAAACUCCUAUGUUUGACCCAAGUCUACUCAAAGAAGUGGACUGGAGCCAGAAUACAGCUACAUUUUCUCCAGCCAUUUCCCCAACACAUCCUGGAGAAGGUCUGGUUUUGAGGCCUCUUUGUACUGCUGACUUAAAUAGAGGUUUUUUUAAGGUACUAGGUCAGCUGACAGAGACUGGAGUUGUCAACCCUGAACAAUUUAUGAAAUCUUUUGAGCACAUGAAGAAAUCUGGGGAUUACUAUGUUACAGUUGUGGAAGAUGUGACUUUAGGACAGAUUGUUGCUACAGCAACUCUGAUAAUAGAACAUAAGUUCAUCCAUUCCUGUGCUAAGAGAGGAAGAGUAGAAGAUGUUGUUGUUAGUGAUGAAUGCAGAGGAAAGCAGCUUGGCAAAUUGUUAUUAUCAACCCUUACUUUGCUAAGCAAGAAACUGAACUGUUAUAAGAUUACUCUUGAAUGUCUGCCACAAAAUGUCGGUUUCUAUAAAAAGUUUGGAUAUACAGUAUCUGAAGAAAACUACAUGUGUCGGAGGUUUCUAAAAUAAAAACCUUUUCAGACACCCAUUUGCCAAAGGAGCUAAUGCAGCUGUGCUGGCUGUAUUCUUCCUGGGGUUGAAGAACUUUGUCCCUGCAACUGGGUGACUUCUGUAAAAACUGGACUGAAAAAACUAAUGGAACAAGCAUAAUGACAUUUAGAAGAUUACGCUGGGCUGGUGGGACAUGCUGUGAAUUUAGAUUACAAAUGAUUAUUAUAAAGGGGAUGAUUUUUAACCAAAGGAAUAUAUUUUUAACUUGAAUCUUUUCUUGCAUUGUAUUUUUCUAGAGUUUGGUUUCAUUUCUUGGUAGAGUAUAAGUAGUAAGGAGUUAUGUAUCUGCUAUCUGUACUGCUCACUUGAAAAAAAGCAUACAAUUGAAAAGGCUAUUUCUUAUCACAUUCAUAAAAUUAGUAUUUCUCUUUCAAAGAAACAUCUAAAUACCAUUUAGGGGUAUAUCACUUCCCAUACGUUGUAUGAAAUUGGAUGUUUGAUAUAACUAAAUAUAGUACAGUACAUUUUUGUUGAUCCUGGUACUGGCAAACAAUCUGGUCAGCCUUUUGAAGUAGAAAUGGCAAUUAACUUACAAAAUGUUACAAGGUUCAAAGUAAAACAAUUUAAAUAUAUAUCUAAAUGUUUAUGUAAUUUUAAUGUAAAGUACCACAUUUAUGAAAUAUAGUAAUUCAUUUGUUUAUCUAAGUGCAAAUAUAAGGUACUUUUUAGCAGUGAAUUAGCAAAUCUUAGCAUCUUGUGUAUUUCUAACCUGAAUUUUCAUCUGUUACAUUCUUAAAAUGUUGAUGGAAACUUUUCUAUUUAAUGUGAUUAUAAUGGUACUACUGUUUUGGUCACUCCUAUUUUGAUUUUAUUUAUUUACUUUUAAAUUGAAAUAAGAAUUAGAUAAAACUUUA